GAGUAACAAUCAGGUAUAAAAGGAAGGCGCGGCACUCCAAUUCUUAUCUUCCCCUUCCUUUUCGCACACAUUCAUACCUUACACUUGACAGUACGCGUCUGUGUACCUGGGUUCAUUGACUCGACUUCUUUUUGAUUGUCACUUCAGUUUUCCGGUUGGUGACCAUAAAAAGUCACCGAAACACCGAAAGGUCACCGCAAUUUGCCACAAGUUCGCCGAUUUUGCCUUGCCCUCUUCCCCGUGCAUAGAAAAACAGCGAACAAUUCUGAAGACUGAACUACCAUAACGAUGUCGAGUAUUACACCUCAAAGACGCCAUGGAGAAAGAAUUCUGCCUCUUCGAAGCACGCGAAAGCGUAAAGUGCAGCCAAACAUGAUGUAUUUGGAUGAGCAGACAGACACCUAUGUUCUCCCAGAACAAUUGACGGCACAGCCUCCUGCUCUGACGAAUUACUCAUCGCUUUUACAGAAGCCGCAGGAUAAAAAACGACAAGAACGCGUAGAACAGCUUCUUGAGUCAAAACUAUUUUAUCUUCGCAAGCAACAACGUGAACAGCGCUACGCUACUCAUCAGUGGGACCAAGACUAUUUACGUUGGAGUCAAACUGAAAACGAAGAAAAAUGGGAUUCGGAUUCUGAAGCUAUCGGACCUGCAGAACAGGCUUUGUCUACUGCUAAGGCGUUGCGGUUUGCUGAACAGUUUAUGGAUCUGGAAGACCGGUCAAUGUAAUAAAAAAAAAACAAAAAGAAAAGACAUGUUCGAAACAGACGAAUCAUCUAAAGAAAGCACAAUGUUGUGCACUGUCUUGGUUAUGAUAUUAUAUGGAAUCCGACAUCAAAAGAGACGCUCUUAAAACUCGUGUUUUCUUUAAAGCAAUCAACGAAUGUGAAACCUUUGAAUUAAAGUUUCAUUGAACUAACUGUACAAAUGAUUAAGGGACGGAAACAAGCAUACCAAAAGAAAUGUGGUUGCUGAUUGUCGCUGUCAAAGGUUUACUUCUUGACGAUGGUGAAUCAAAAAAAAAAGAACAAACUGAAAGAGCCAAAUUGCAUCUUUGCAAUUUUUCUCGCUUCCGUAACUGCACUCGGCCACUUGAUUGUCCUACAGAGUCCAGUCCGGGUAUAAAUAUGAAUCCUUUAUGAAAUUCGGGAAGGGGUGAGCUUCAGUGUUAAAAGUGUAUUCCGUCAGUGGAAGCACACUUUCGUCGUCCUCGAAAAGCAAAUAAAGAUACUUGAGAGUUUCAGCCCACCAAAAGGACUCGGUAUUGUCGCGCUGUUGAACCGGAUCCGUGAACUUAACGCUCUCCAAUGAAGUGAAUCCACGGCCAUCAGGUGUACGAGAGUAUUUAUCAAAAGCUUUAAAGAUCUCCCAUCCCCAUUCUCGAUAUUUGUGGUUCUUAGUGAGUCUCCACAGAAUAAACAAACUUUCGACAGUCUCAGGACGCAGCAAGUUAUGUGCAUCUAAUGGCUUAAUUCGGAAAUCCAUCAUCAUAUCGUCUUCUGAAAAGUCACCGCGAUUGAAGACGACAAUUUCAGGUGCAAUUCCUGUCUUGGUUUGACGAUACAUUUCAUAGCAUGUACGAGUAAGCUCUUGUGCUAAUUCAAACUGUUCAGCUCUGCGUUUGCUCCACUUCCAUGACUUGGAUGCGGUUUGGUACGGCACGCCGAACGUGGCACCAAGAGCCAGAUUGCCGCCCAUGAAGCAAACAAGGUGAUCCAUUUUUGGAGAAAAGGCACCAUCGAGACCGUUGGGUAAUUCGCCAAUGUAAGUCAGUUGGCCUGGGACAGUUUUGUUGACGAGACGUUGGAGUACUGCAUCCAUGGACUUUUUGUACAUGUUGUAGUAUACAUUUUCCGCACGCUUUGUCUGAAGGAAUUGCUUCAGUAAAUACUCGUAAUACGAAUCGCCUCGCGAGCCCAAUCGGAUGGUUUUUCCGCUAUAACUGCCAGUGUUUGGGUUGAUAUAGAUGGGGACGAGUCCAACUUGGUUCCAACGGUGAUCGCUCUCGAGAGCUCUCGCAGCCCUUUCAGCUGCACGCCAGUACUCUGGUUUCCGAGUAAUGUGAGACAAAUAGCGCAUUUCCAGCUGGACUGUGCCGGCCUCUGCGGUUGAAAUCAUUCCAUUAUCGCCAAAGCUUUUCACACCCAGGCGUUGCUUCAAGUUAACCUGCGACAAAGGAAGACCGUAUGGGGUAUCGUACGCAGCAAGCAGACGGUCGCCCAAGUCGGUAGCCUUCUCGAGAUACAACGGAUCAUUUCCAGACAAUGUGUACGCAGAAAGAAGACCACCGAGCAUACGGAUAGUCAUCUCAAACACGUUUACGGGUUGUUCGCCCUGGUCCCAAGUCAGAUUGGUCUGGAUCCACGAACGCGCCCGUUGUACUUUGUCGUCUAAACCCAUUAUCAUCAUGGUGUCCAAAGAAUCUAUAAUGAUCCAGCCAAGGCCCUUAGGCAAAGCAAACUUUCCAGUUUUGCUCACAGGGUGGUAUUCGUCCCAGCCCCAUCCGUGUUCCUCAUAGUCUUCCCAGCUGUCAAGAAACGCUUGCUUCACUUGUCGUUUACGUUCUUCAAUAGAGGGAGAGUAUGUGUGUUCAUACGCUUGUCCAGAUGUGGCAGAGGAAGCAGCAGUAGCGGUAGUUGUACCCUCUCUGGCCCAAGAUGGAACCGAGAAAUAGUUGCCGCUCUUUAAUAAACUGAAGAAAGCCAGGCAGAGUGUACUGAGCACAAACAGAGGCAAGAAGAACCUCCAGAGGCGUCUUAUACUGAAGGCAAACAUCAUAAAUACGAGAAGUUGGAAAACAAAUCAAGGAUAAAAAUCGUCCGAUAGGUGAAAAUCAGUUUCCUUCUAAAUUAUCAGCAGAGAGGAAAUCCUGUAGUUUGAAUAGCAAUA